AUGGCCUCACUCCCUCUUAUCCGCCUCUCUCUACCACCCCGCAGCCAUAAAACCGCCUUCGUCCUUCCUCACCCCCUCAAAUCUACCUUCCCAAUCCUCCGACCACCGCCGCAGAAAUCCAUUACUACCACAACAAGCUGCUCCUACACCCCAACCCCUGCCACCGACCGCCUAAUCUCCGCAGCAUCCUACUUCCUCCCCUUCUUCAACGGCCUCCAAUACGGCCGCUUCCUCUUCACCAAAUACCCAUCCCUCUCAAUUCCUUUCCAACCCCUCCUCCCUCUACUAUCUCUCUACCACUCCAUCCCCUAUGCCAGCUUCAUCUCCUUCUUCGCCCUUUAUCUGGGCAUCGUCCGAAAUCCUUCGCUGAGCCGCUACGCGCGGUUCAACGCCCUUCAGGCAUUGGUGCUCGACGUAUUGCUUGUCGUGCCGAUGCUUGUACAGAGGAUAAUUUCUCCGGGUCGAAGCGGAAUCGGGCUGAAGAUAACGGCGUGGGCACAUUCCGGGAUUUUUGCAUUUGUGGUGGCGUGUUUUGUUUAUGGGGUUGUGAGUAGUGUUCUUGGGAAGACUCCAUAUUUGCCCUUUGUUGCUGAGGCUGCCGGCCGGCAACUAGAAUGA